AUGCCUAAAAGACGAAGAAGUCUUAAACGAGCACAGUCUCAGACUGCUAUAUCGGCUCGAUGGUGUGAAAAAAAGGAUUUUCAUUCAAAGGAAGUGUUUUCUGAUGAUGACUUUGGUGAUGAAAAUAACGCAAAGUGGUGUGAAAAUGGUGGUGAAGUUUUCAACAAUCAACAUGAUUUUCUUGAAAAACUGGAUUUACCCAGUAUUGGCGAUCUUUUUGGUCUCUGCAAGAACGAAUGUGGAUCCAGAAAGCUUACUACAUUACUAUAUAUAAUUCUUCGUUUUUUAGGACAUCAGUGGCGAAAUAUUGACGAUAUUUUUCGGCAAAUUGGUGCCUAUCGAUGUGAAACAGCACACAAGUGGGCGGAAAUAUUUUUAUCUGGAGACUUUGAAACAUUCAUUGACGAUGAUCGUGGUGGAAAAACAAGUGAUUCCUUCUACGACACUUUUCCUGAACUAGAAGUAGAGGCAAAAUCGUUCGUUGCUGAUGCCUGUGGCCGAAAAUCAGCUGAUUUUACUGUUUCAGAUUUGGCAAAAUUUAUCGACAACAGAUAUUACGAAAUCACUCAAACGUCAAAAACUGAAGAUCAAUUAAUACGCUCAGAAACGAGCUGUAGAGUUGAUUUAAGAAGAUGGGGCGCAAAAUUUGACAAGAACAAUCAAAGACCUUACUUCGAAGGUCAUGAAAGACCAGAUGUUGUUGUUCAUAGAGAGCAGUUUAUUUCAUAUUUUCUUAAACGCAAAGAUCAUUACUAUACAAUUCAGGAUGACGAUAUGGCUACAUGGCAAACACCAACUAAGAAACCAUGUAUUCUAAUCUUUCAUGACGAAUCAACUUUUCGCAGCGGCGAUGUUUCACAUAAAAGAUGGAUUAUAAAUGAACAGGCUUCAUUCUUUAGUAAAGGAAAAGGUCGUAGUCGUAUGAUCUCGGAUUUUCUUGUUUGUCAUCCGUCUGGUCCAUUUUUUUCCUUAUCAGAAUCUGAAUUCGAAGAGGCUUCGAAAGCAUAUCCAAAUUUGUUAGCAGACGGUGUUGUUCCUUACACACAAUAUUCCGCAACUUCCGCUAUCAACCUUGGAUAUGAUAUGUACUUCGAUAACGAGACAAUACUCAAUCAGUUCGAACGACUGUUCCAGUUACUGCCUUUCAAGACAGAAUACAAAGGACAUGACUUUGAAAUCAUUGUUGAUAAUGCUCGGACGCACUCUGCAAAGCAAUUCAGCUUACAUGAUUUUGGCAAAACGAUAGGCACUAGAUGUCCGGUAGACACAAUAGAAUAUCUUGAUCAUGAUGGGCAAACUAAACGACUAUCUUGCUUUUUCACUAAUGGUGAACAUAAUGGAAAGUCUAAAGGCUUGCUAAUAUUGGCGAAAGAGCUUAAUUUUAAUGUGGAUGAUAAAAUAAAACUUGAAGGUCUUCGUCGGCUUUUAUCCAAUCAUCCAGCAUUUAAAAAUAUUAGCCGGCUUGAAAAGCUUGCUGUAAAAUAUCAAAUGAAAAUCAUUUUCAAUCCGAAAUAUCAUUGUGAGCUUAACCCUAUUGAGGGACUUUGGUGCUCAAUGAAACGCUUUGUUCGACAAAAAAGUGAUCAAACUUUUCCAACUAUGCUUCGACUUAUUCUUGAUUCUAGAGUAUACUUCUUUCAGAAAAAUCUUCAAAAUAAACUUUUUCGACGAUUUUGGAGAACUCUGGAUGCCUAUAAUAAAGGUAAGACCUAUAGUGAAGUAUUACAACUUUUAUUUAGUGGAUCAUGUAAAUACGAUGUUGCAUCUCACCGAAAAAUAACCAAUUCUAAUCUUGAAUACUAAAUUGUUUUCUUUUUCUUCGCUGGAAAUAUUGUUUUUCUUUUUCUAAAAUCAAUAAAUUUGAAAAUCUAAAAUUUCAAUGUAUUGUCCCACUCGUUUCGGUAUCCGAAUCAUUUUUUCUCGACGUGCCUUAACGUUUGACGAUGAUCAUCUUCUUUUUCCUUUUUUUUCUGACGAAAAUACUCAGCCAAUGUCAUGAAAUUAAUAAGCAACCAUGGCAUGAUAUGCAACUUGAACUACAAAAUGACGCCUCAUAACCUCUUAUUUAGUCUCGAUUGAUUUUUUAUCAUGAAAUAAUGCAUGAUAAACAUAACUGUACUCAUAAACUCUUGAAAAACCGGUUUUUGACCAAUGGUUUUCCAGAGACCCC